AUGGCUCCCCAAGUAUCAAACCUAGUCGCCUUGAGGGCUGACUAUACCAAAGCACAAGACGCCUUGGUACAUCUCCAGAUGGAAUUCGACGAGCUAUCCCGCCAGAUUGAGCCAGACCUGGAUCCCGACCAAGAGCAGCCAGAGCCAGAUCGCGAAGCGUCUCUGCAGUUAGCAAUACUUGGUAUUGAGCUAGCUUCUCGGCAGAAAAGCACCAUCCAGCUGGAGCAAAAUAUCGUCAUCAUCAAGCGGGAGGCCGGCGUAUUGCAGCCCGAAGAGGCCAAGCAACGCUUUCAAGAGCUAAGCCAACGCUUCUUCCGUGCGGGCGACGAGCUAUGGCGAUAUCAAAAGAAGAAGAGGCGGCUCGAUCCCCGACCGGCACGACUGUUAGACCCACGCGAUGACGGCCUGCCCGAGUGCCUUUUUGCUCUGUACAAGAGACCCGAAGGGCAAAUCCAGAGACGACGCGCACAUUCUAAGUCCCGAGGAUAUAUUGACCAUCCACGCCCCAAUACUUGGCGCGCCGGCGCUUUGGCCUACUACCAUGCCAACGGCAUCGACUACGGCAAGGGUAAGGAUGCGGUUUGGUGCCAUAUCUCCGGCGCGUGGCACAGUGCUACCUGCGUCAAAACGGUGCGUAUCGUGCCCCCCCUUCCGGAUGCCGGCUGCAUCGGUGAGAUGCUCUUUGGCCCAAGGGCACAAUCCACCGAGCGACCAGGGAAUGCUCUCUUCAUGCGAAGCUAUUUGAAGGACUGGUUUGAUAACGAUGACAUCGUGAUUAUCCCGGUGAACGCGACGGAACGCCCCAUUACUCGAUGGCGGAUAGGUGUAAUAACCGACGACAUCCGAAGGGAAUUAUGCUGGUCCGCGCCCGAGGGUUUGGGACAAGACAUUAACGGAAAGGAAUUGAAGUUCCUUGGCGACAAACGCCCCGUUGCACGCUUUCUGUAUUUCCGUUUCGUCAUGGCGCUCGCCCGCAUCAAAGACGUCAAACGAGCCGGAUGGCAGGAUGUCUGGGCCCGGUUCUACACCCAACGCCCGUUCCCGACGCCGGGGGACUACAUGCGCAAGGCCAUGAUACGCGCCCUCGCGACUCAUUUCGAAGGCGCCGACAUGAAGGUGGUAGAGUCCUGGGUCGCGGACCACGGUUUCGAGUCGCCGUGGAAGAUGACCGACGACGAGGCCACCGAGGCGGCUCGCCGAGUCCAUGUCGCGAUGGAGGCUGUUACUUUGCGCAGACUAGAGGAAAGAAAGUAUUAUGAAGAUUCGGAGGAAUUUACAGACAGCGAUUCAUCCGAGGAUUUAGAGUGGUACGACUAG